ACCUGACGUCAGUAAUGAACAGAAGCAUCAUGCUGUUAAAUUCAUUCAGUAUGGUGUUUUGACAAAGCAAGUGUAUUAGGCUUAAGAACAGGUGGACAGGACUGAUUUCGAUGAGUAUAGCCCAAUUCACACAGACAGGUGCUAUGCCACAUUCGCAAGGACCGUUCACUGUUAUGAGCGCUCAGCAUUUCGGAGACCCGUGUAGCUUAUUGCUGUGUCUGCGCAUAUUUGACAACCAAUUGAAUUACCACCUGGGUAACCGCACGACUGGACAUGACCAAUGUGGUAUUAUGGAGGCUAAAUAACAGCAUCUUCAGGUAACUUCCCGGGGCUUUAAAGCAACAUACCUUAUCCAGCAGCACACUCUGACAAGAUGGGGGCGUUUGCGAGCAUUGACGACAUUGCAUUCCAUUCAAACAUACCUGUGGCAGCAGAUAUAACAGUAGCCAUAGUGUACGCAGUGUUUGUCAGCUUCCUGCUGAGGAUAAUUCUGCUUCAGCUGAGACAUAUCCACCAACUCAACAUGAUGCCAGACUAUAUCCACCAACUCAACAUGAUGCCAGACUAUAUCCACCAACUCAACAUGAUGCCAGACUAUAUCCACCAACUCAACAUGAUGCCAGACUAUAUCCACCAACUCAACAUGAUGCCAGACUAUACAGUGGGACUAAGCAUGUGCUCUCUGUUUAGCAACAGCACACUGCUCUAUGUCUCCUACAAGAAGAAGCACCUGCUCAAACCUGCUGAGUUCUUCAUAAUCAACCUGGCCAUCAGCGACAUGAGUCUAACCCUGUCCCUCUACCCCAUGGCCAUCACCUCCAGCAUCUACCAUAGGUGGCUGUUUGGGAAAACAGUGUGUUUGAUCUACGUGUUCUGCGGCAUGUUGUUUGGACUCUGCAGUCUGACAACUCUCACCCUGUUGAGCAUGGUGUGUUUUGUGAAAGUAUGUUAUCCUCGCUACGGUAACCGGUUCAACCCCGUCCACGGCCGUCUACUGAUAGCCUGUGCAUGGGCUUGGGCCCUGGUGUUCGCCUGCUCCCCUCUGGCCCACUGGGGUGAGUAUGGUCCGGAGCCCUACGGCACAGCCUGCUGCAUCGACUGGCGCCUGUCCAACCUGCAUCCCGUGGCCCGCUCCUACACAGCGGCGCUCUUUGUCUUGUGCUACAUCGUGCCCUUCUGUGUCAUCGUGGCGUCCUACACGAGAAUCCUGAUGACGGUCCGAGCCUCCCAUAAGGCCAUGGGGCAUCACGAGGCCCGGCAGACCAAGAUGAGCAACAUCCAGGCUGUUAUUGUGAAGCUGAGUGUCGCUGUCUGUAUCGGUUUCUUCGCAGCGUGGAGCCCUUAUGCCGUGGUGUCGAUGUGGGCAGCUUUUGGACACAUGGAUAACAUCCCACCUUUGGCUUUCGCCGUGCCUGCCAUGUUUGCCAAGUCCUCCACCAUCUACAACCCCAUCAUCUACCUGCUUCUCAGGCCCAACUUCCGCAGGGUGAUGUACCGAGACCUAGUGAGCCUUCACAGGGCCUUUCUGAAGGGCUGCCUGUGCUCCUGCUCCCAGGGCGCUGUGGGGAAGUGCCACUCCCACUCCGUGGUCCGGGUCGGCCUCCAAUCGUUCUGCAGACGUCCGGGCCACGGCCAGUCCUGUUCCCCCACCUCGUCCGCCCACCAAGCCCUCGCCGGGUCCAGAGGUUGCACUAGCGCCUGCGAGAAGUGCAGCGACGCCUGCGAGAAGUGCAGCGACGCCUUCGAGUGCUUCAGACACUACCCCAGAGGUUGCCAUGGUGGCACCAACAUCCCCAGCUCCUCAGCCAACGUUUACGCACCUCAGGAUCAGCUCUCAGAGCCCCAGCUGCAGUCGAUGACACAAAAACAGAUGCAGAGGCGGCAGCAGAAAAAGCAGGAAGCGUGUCAUAAGAAGUCCCUGCGAGCCACCAUGCACGGCAAAAGGACCUCGGAGAUCGACAACCUUCAGAUCAACUUGGAGAUGGUGCCGGGACACGCUAAAGUUGCCUGGCCCUAAAAUGUUAUAUUCAUUCUGGUUUUAUUUUUUUACAUCUCUGGUAUAUAUUUUGCAGUUGAUAUAUAAAUAAAUUCCGUAAUUUAAAAUAUGUUUAUCUGUCAAGAUAGACAGUGACUCUUUGUUAAAACAUACUACUUAUUAAAAACCUGGGUUGUCCCUCAGGGAUUCAUGUGGGCUGAAAGAGAUUACAGUGGAACAGAAGUGAAGGACCUGAUGGAUUGGGAAGAAAACCACAGGUACAAUACUGUUUUCUGUGUGCGGUAAUAAUUGGUUGGACACAUGACGAUGGAAAUCCCAACCAACUUUGACAUCAGUCCAACUUCCUCUACACCCCAAUUCGAACCAUUGUUUACACUUUGCUAAUGCAGGUACAUGGAUGCUGGAUUUCUAAUGUAGAUAACAGGUUGGUUUAGUACAGUGUGGCUUUACUCCACAUGAAACUACAUUGUUGUCUGGAUGUAUAAAAGAGAUGAGAGAGAUAAUCAAACAGCUGUAUAUACUGAUACUUUAAGAGAUGACAAUAGACGAGUGAAUUCGCUACUCACUCAACAAUAAAACAACUAAUUCAACAACUGUGUAUAAAAGUGCAACACAGAGGGGAGAGCGUGAGCAAGGCAAUUAAACAAAUACAAAUUGAGCAACUGUAGAUAUUCAAAGUGAACGAUGAGAGUGGGGAGGACAAAACAAGCAGAAACAUGUGUUUUCUGGUAUUGACUCAUUGUGUGUGAGAACUGGUUGUUAAAUAUGCAUGGGAUGUCUUCCAUCACACAGGUCCCCAAAAAAUAUCUACACGCUGUCGAUUCCCUCCAAUCCCGUUACAGAGCAAUUGAACCUUCCUCCCGUUUUCCACAACUGAACUAACUUUGCCAUGCACUUUCUCUCUCUGGGUAACUAUUGAAAUCUGGUGUUUUAAUCAUUCAUUUAAUUACUAACCUCCUAUUUGAGAAUAUAAUGAUGCAAAGAUAAAAAUAUAAUUGUUUUGUAGUCUUGGUUAGAGUGAAUCAUUUGGGUGCAAUUGAA